AUGUCGCUUUUUUCUAUGAAAUUGUACAACGUUAGACAAUACCGCGACGACCACCUGGAGGGGCUUGAGGCUACUGCCGAGUGUGUUACUGAUUUAUUGCGACUUGUAGAUCCAAUGGACGCUCCCGCCCUCAAGAUGCCAAAUGUCGCUAUCAAGGUGCACGUUGAGGCCACGGUGCAUUUGGGGUUCGUACCCUCUAUAUUUGGACGUUUUUGGACUUGGCUAUGCUCUGAUGACACUGAUGAGCAAGACGGAUGUGUACUUUUUGAAGAAGAAUCUGCGCGCCACGAAAAGAUUUUACGUAACCCUGUAUCAACAAUGACUGUGGCACAGUCAUUGUUGCAUUUCGACCAGUACAAGAGACACGGGCUUCUGGACCAUGCUUUGUCAACACUUGGACUUGUGCGUCGGUCAGACUCGCGACUCUGUCAGCAGUUUAUCCGGACCGGACAGCCAAACGUGGAGCAAGUAGCCCGUCGCAUGGCCGAAAUGCGAUUUCUGUUUGACUGUACUUCGUACAAUGCCGAUAGAAACUCUGCAUUCAACAUGGCUGUAGAUGUGGCCCGAGGUGGUGACGACAAGUCUGAAGAUGACGAUGGCGAUGACGACGACGACGACGACGACUACGAGUAUGAGAAUUAUGGCCGGUACAGGCGCCACCGCCACCAUUCGCGACGCCGCGGCUAUUGGGUGGAUCGACAGACGGUGUACGACAGGGUCGAAAAGCAAAUCCUUGCUGAUAUUGGAGGGUUCCCCGCCAACUGGCCGUGGUUGGUUAGUGGCGUUGGUGUAUAA